AUGCCUUCCCCAGCACCCCCCGUCCGCUCGUCGCCCUACAACUGCCCCAUCUGCCUUGCCCCGCCCACCUCCUCCUUCGCGCCACCAUGUCGCCAUGUCUUCUGCUACGAAUGUCUCACCACGCAUCUGCAAACGCGCGCGGACUGCCCCAUCUGCCACAUCCCGGUCUCGCUGGACUCAAUCUCGCCCGCGCUCCCGCCGUCGCUCCCACACGCCUCGACCCAGCUCUCGAUGCCGCGCCUGCCCUCUCCGCGCACCCCGCCGCCGAUGGCGACGCCGGACAUGACGCCGCGCAUGUCGUCGCGCCGCGUUGAACCGCCGCCGCUGCCGCGCCGCCCGCAGCCGUCCGCGCUGCCGUCCUCCGCCGACGCUGCCGAGCGCCGCGUGCGCGCCGAGCGCCGCGCCAGGGCCGCCUUGCAGGACCCGCCCGUCCCCAUGCCGCCCCACCCGCCCUGGACAGAGACGGACGACUCGUCCUCGUCCCUCCCAUCCCGCCGCCCGCCCCAUCGCGCGCAGCAUAGCGCCGUCGCGGAGAUUAUGAGCGCCGCCGUCCCGCUCGGCCCUGUUCAACCGUCACCGGAGUCGCUGCUCGCCGCGGGGGAGAACUUGAGCACCGAACAGCUCGCUGCGGUUAUCGCGAGUCUGAAUCAGAAGUUGCAGGAGAAGGAGGGCUCUGAGCGAAGGGUUGAGACGGAUUUACUACUAGACUUUCUCAAGCACACAAAGCAGGAGAAGGUUAGGACUAUCGAGACCCUGCGCGGGGAGGUAUCCUUGCUUGAGGCUGACGUGCACGAGGCGGAACGGCAAAAAGCGAAAUUGCGCCCAGAGAUGUCAAGCACUACCAGUACCAUGUUAGAUAAGAGGGAGGGCGCCCAAAGGGAGGAGAGGGACCAGCCGCUGCCACCGACUCGUCCGGAAGAUGUCGAGUUGGGAAAGAAGCGGAAGAGAAUGCAGAAAAAUUAUGACGUCCUGCAAGAGCACUACUUUCAGACUGUCGCGCGCCACUCGGGUGAGGAGAGAAGGAGGGCUUUGCGCACAUUCUCGGAUGACAUUUUUAAGCUGACGCAGUAUUCGCGGCUAAGGGAUCGCGCGACAUUGAUGCAUGUAGCUCGUGUGCCGGAUGCACCGUGCAACGAUGUUUUCAAGGCCUCCAAUAUCAUCAGUUCGAUCGAGUUUGAUCGUGAAUCAGAGUUUCUGGCCACAGCGGGCGUUACCAAGCGCAUAAAGAUAUUCGAAUUUUCGAAUAUCGAGAGGAACAGGGUGGAUGUGCACUAUCCAGUACGUGAGAUCCCGACGACGGCCAAGCUUAGCUGGGUUUGCUGGAACCCGUAUAUUCGACAUCAUCUUGUUUCUUCGGACUACGAGGGUUUCGUCACAUUGUGGGACGUCAACCGUGGCGUUUCAAUUCGCGAGUAUGAGGAACACGAAAAUCGCGCAUGGAGCGUUGACUACUGUCCAACACAGCCCACGCUGUUCGCGUCCGGUUCUGAUGACGGGCGCGUCAAGCUAUGGCACACCUCGCAGAGUGGAAGCUUGCUCACAAUUGACAACCGCCCGGCAAACGUAUGCUCCGUCAAAUUCCACCCCCAGGAGGCCAACAAGAUCGCGUUUGGCUCAGUGGACUUCAAAACUCAUUACUACGACUUAAGAAAUCCAAGCGAGGAACUACACGUCUUCGAGUCGCACACACGCGCUGUCAGUUACGUAAAGUUCAUGUCACCUACAGAGCUGGUGACGGCAUCGGUGGACUCCACGAUUAAGCUUUGGGACUUAAAGACAAUGUCGCUGUCGCGGACGUUCUCUGGUCACGUGAAUGACAAGAAUUUUGUCGGAUUGAGCGUCACACCAGACUACAUUGCAUGCGGUUCAGAGGAAAACACUGCGUACUGUUACUACAAGGCCAUUCCAAAACCGUUCACUGGCUACCGCUUCUCGACAGUAGACCCUCUUACUGGUGAAGAGACGCACGAUGAUGACGACUCGCAGUUUGUCUCUAGCGUCUGCUGGUGUCCUAAAAACCCUGAGUUGCUCGUCGCCGCCAACAGCCUGGGGGCGCUGAAGGUACUGGCUCUAGAAUCAUUGGAGAGCGGCAGCGCCAGACACCCCUCACGGUGA